AUGCCUCACAAGCACAAAAGGCGCGGAAAUGACGCGAACAUCUACGACCUCCCCCCGUCGAUGAUCGCAAAGGCCCUCCCCGUCCGCGACCCCAACUCCAAACCCAAGAAGUACGGCAAAGACGGAAAGAAGAACCAGAACCAGAACCAGAACCAGAACCCCAAAGACGCAAACGCAAAGAAGACGGACCCCCAGGAUAAACUCCAAGCCCGUCGCAGGGGCGCCACCGAAGAUGAUACCCCCAAGGCCUUCCUCCGCCUGAUGCAGCGCCAGCCGCGCGGGAAGCUGGCCGCCUCCGCCGCCGCCGCUGCAGCCGCCGCCGAAGCAGGGGAGAAGAGCAAGAAGCGCAAGCGGGACGGCGCUGAUAAAUCCGACAACGCGGCCUCACGGAAGAAGAAGACGGGAAAGCCGGCGGCGGCAGCGGCGGAGACGAAAGCACAGCCUGGGCCUGAGCCUGCGGCGGCGGAUGUCAAGCCCCGGGCGACUCCUAAGAUUCUGCCCGGGGAGAGGCUGUCUGAUUUUGCGGCGCGGGUGGAUCGCGAGUUGCCGCUGUCUAUGAUGAACAAGUCGAAUAAACCGGCGCCGUCGGAUUUGCCGAAGGUUCGCGAUCACCGGUUGACGAAGCAUGAGAAGCAUUUGCGGCGCUUGCAGGAACAGUGGCGGAAGGAUGAUGUUACCAUCAGGGAGAAGGAGGAGGCGCAGAGGGAGGAGCGCGAGGAGGAGAUGGAGGAGCAGUUGGAGCUGUGGAAGCAGUGGGAGGCUGAGGGUGGGGCGCGCAAGGCGAAGAAGAAGGGCGGUCCGGCUAGGAAGAAGGCGGGUGGUGAGGGUGCUGGGGUUAAGGGUGAUGCUGAUCCGUGGGCGAAGUUGAAUAAGAAGGAGCGCAGCAACAAGCCGGCGAACUUGUUUGAUGUUGCGGAGGCGCCGCCGCAUCUUACGAAGCCUACUGCGAAAUUCAAGGUCCGUGAUGGUGCGAGGGUGGACGUGGCCAAUGUUCCGGUUGCUGCUGGUAGUUUGAGACGACGAGAGGAACUCGCGGGCGAGAGAAAGAAUAUCGUCGAGGAGUAUAGGCGUCUGAUGGCCGCGAAAAGGCAGUGA